UGGUUCUCCAGCUCUAAGUUUUCUCUUGUUUCUCGUUUCGCCAAGGUCGGGGAAUCCGUAACUAGGGUUUCGAAAGUUCGAUUCGUCGAUCGAAUUUAUUUCAGACCAAUCUGGUUGCUGUCUAUCUUCCGCUAAUUUCAGCCAUGAAUCCUGAAUACGACUAUCUUUUCAAGCUUUUGCUUAUUGGUGAUUCUGGUGUUGGCAAGUCAUGCCUUCUAUUGAGAUUUGCGGAUGAUUCGUAUUUGGAGAGUUACAUCAGUACCAUUGGUGUUGAUUUUAAAAUUCGCACGGUGGAACAGGAUGCGAAGACAAUUAAACUCCAAAUCUGGGAUACUGCUGGACAAGAGCGUUUUCGGACAAUUACAAGCAGCUACUACCGUGGUGCACAUGGCAUUAUUAUUGUUUAUGAUGUUACGGACCAAGAAAGCUUCAAUAAUGUCAAGCAAUGGUUGAAUGAGAUUGACCGAUAUGCUAGUGAAAAUGUGAACAAGCUAUUAGUAGGAAACAAGAGUGAUUUGACUGCAAACAAAGUGGUUUCCUAUGAAACUGCCAAGGCAUUUGCAGAUGAGAUUGGGAUCCCGUUCUUGGAAACAAGUGCCAAGAGUUCGACUAAUGUAGAGCAGGCUUUCAUGACCAUGGCUGCUGAGAUAAAGAACCGGAUGGCAAGUCAACCAGCUAUGAAUGCCAACAGGCCAGCAACAGUGCAAAUGCGUGGUCAGCCGGUUGCCCAAAAGACCAGCUGUUGCUCUUCUUAAUUUGGUCUCUUUUCAUCUAAAAGCAGACCUGAAGA